UAAAAAAUAAGGCUGAAUUUAUUUAUUUAUAUUUAGCUUUAAAAAAGGUAGAUAAGGAGACUGCCCGCUUGUAUGAAAAUUAUAUACGCUCUGAAAAAGUACCUACUUUUGAUAAUUUUAUUAAAUUUAUAAAGGAACAAGCUAAAAUAAAUGAUAGAAUUCCUGAGAACACUCAUCGCACGCCAAGUGAAAAUAAAAAUUGGCGCCAACGCACAAUCCCUUCGCCACGAAAUAUACCCUCUUCAAGUACAUCUAAAUCAUUUGUUAUUUCGGUUGAUAAUAAGAAUCAGUGUUGCCCGCUUUGUAAAACUGAUACGCACAAACAUUUUUACCGCUGUCCUAAAUUUUUAAAAUUGACGCCGCAAGAACGAUAUAAGGUAGUGAAGGCUAACCAAUCCUGCACAGUUUGUUUGUCAUUCCUGCAUAAAAACCGGUUAUGCCGUUCGGAUAAAUCCUGUUUUUCCUGUAUGAACCCAUACCACCACACUCUGCUCCAUAUGUCUAGUCCAAACGAAACUUCUGGACAUAAGGGUGAUCGCACACCUGCAGAUAAGGGUGAUCGCACACCUGCGGACCCUUCGGAUACAAAAUCACAAAGUCAAACUGCAGUCUCGCUUUGCUCGCUUAAUACUAGUAUACCAAUGCGCACAACCGUUUUGCUGGCAACUGCGUGCGUCCGCGUUUUAGACUCACGUGGGACAGAAAACACUCUCAAAUGUCUUAUUGACAAUGCAUCGCAACACAACUAUAUAACAAAUGAUUGUGUCAAACGCUUAAAUUUACACAUAGAGAACCUGACACAUCCCGCGUCUGUGAACGGGUUUGGGGGUACCUCUAGCAAAAUAAAGGGUAUAAGUCGCAUAACAAUAUUUUCACGCUUUAAUAAUAAAUCAUAUUCGCUCACGCCGUUGAUUGUUGACAAAAUCACUGAUCACUUACCUACAUCGCCAGUAGAAAGGUCGCUGCUCAACUAUUUAGAGAGUGUACCACUCGCAGACAAUACCUAUCACCUUCCAAGUAAGGUUGAUAUGAUUUUAGGCGCGCAAAUGUUUACGCAAAUUCUGCUAUCAGGCCGCGUUGCGGCUCCGCCUGGUAUGCCUCACGCUUUACAAACCACGCUUGGAUAUAUUUUAAUGGGCACAGCCCCGCUAACGCAAUCAGUUUCCCCUUCGCAAACGCAAACGCUAUGUGCUAUUACUAAUGAACGCUUAGAUAAUUCUUUACGCAAUUUCUUUGAAUUGGAGGAUGUACCUUCCCCUAAGAGUAAUUUCCUUAGCACGGAAGAACAAGAAUGCGAAGAUAUUUAUAAAAAUACGACAGAACGCGAUUCUCACGGUCGAUAUAUCGUAGCUUUGCCGUUUAAGUCCGACCCUAGUGUGUUGGGUAACGCAUCGCUAAACGCAGAAAAACGCUUUAAUUAUUUAGAACGCAAACUAGAAAAAUCACCUUCUUUACGCGACGCUUAUAAUAACAUUAUUGAUGAAUAUUUGGAAAAAGACUACUUGAGUCCAGUAACGCAAACUUGCUCUGACGUACAAUACGUUAUUCCGCAUCACGGAGUUCAACGCGACGAUAAAGUUUCUACUAAAGUCAGAAUCGUUCUGGAUGCUUCUGCUGUUGAAAAUGACACAAGCUUAAACUCGCUAUUACAUAAAGGUCCUAAUUUGCAAUCGGAUUUAUUUAUGCUAUUACUUAAUUUUCGCUUAUUUAAAAUUGCUAUUUGUGCAGACAUCAAACAGAUGUAUUUACAAUUAAAAGUUCAUCCAGAAUUUUGGAAAUUUCAAAGAAUUUUUUAUCGCUUUUGCAAAGAUGAUCCUUUGCAAUUAUUUGAAUUUAAACGCGUAUGCUUUGGCCUCGCUUCAAGUCCCUUUCUUGCGCUUCGCACAUUAAAGCAGUUAGCUGAAGACGAAGGCAAAAAAACGGAAUCGUUGUUAGUUUACUCUGUGCCAAGUCCAAGGUUGCACCAAUUAAAACAGUAUCGCUUGCUCGCUUGGAACUAUGUGCAGCUUAUUUGCUUUCUAAGUUGGUACGCGCUGUGUUGA